AUGAAGGCCGAGAAGAUGAAGGCCAAGGCGCUCGCCGAGCAGCAGGAGGCGGCGCCGCGGGCCGCCUCCGUGGACAGCCUCGGCGCGGCCAGCAGCCUGACCGGGGACCGCCCGAGGCCGACUCGUGCCGAGGAGAAGGCCAAGGUUCAGAAGGCGAAGAAGGCCGAGAAGAAGGCGGCGGCGCUGGUGGCGGAGGUCCCCGCGGGAAUGGGAAGUUGCACUUCCUUGGAGGUUAACUUCAACAGCGGCGUUGGCGCGUACUGGUACAGAAGCCAGAACGAGAACAGGCAGUGCAAGGAUGCUGCCCGGGCCCAGGGAUCAGGCAACCCACUCAAGACGUGUCAGAUCCUGGGCUCCGCAGCGCCGCUGUGCCAUCCCCUGAGAGCCGGGCCGGCCAAGGCCGCCCUGCGCGCCGCGCGGUUGGCGUCCGCCGCGGCGUGGGGCUGCAGCGGCCCCGCCGCCGCGCGGGUGUCCUCGGCGCUCGCCGCGGCGCGCGCCGAGCUGCGCGAGGCGGAGGCCACCUGCGCGCUGCUCGGGCGCCAGGCCCUGCGCCGCAUGCGAUGCAGGGGCCGCCGCCGCGGUGCUUGGGGUUUCCGGCGGCGAUGGGGGCGCGCCGAGCCAGAGGCUCGGCAAAAACCCAGCGGGAACCCUGCGGCGGGCCGCGCUGCGGCUCCUCCCCUGCUCGUCUCGCGCGCGCCUGCCGGCCCGGGGUUACUGCGUGGCGCGCGCUGGGCAGGCCCAGAGCAGAGCACGAACCGACUCGAGAGCGCCGAGGCUCUGCCACCGCGCGCUCCAGGCCCUGCGGGGGCAGCGCGUGCCUUCCGGAGGGCGGCGGAGUUCUGCACCUUCCAGGAAGCGCGCGGCUUCGUCAUGAGGCGACCCCCGCAUGAUCAGCACCGAUGGCGCGUGGUGUGGGAGAGCGCCGAGGCCCGAGGGCAGCAGCCGGGGCACCGGGCCCGCCCCCCAGGACGUGGCGUCCUGGGUCGACCUGGACGCGGCCAGCGAGGACUUCUUCCCCACCGCGUGGCCCGAGCUCCUGCGCGUCGGAUGUCCAUGCUUGGUGCUGGCAUUGAUGCGUGCCAUAUCAGGGCAGGGCAAGAUCGGGCCAGCGAAGAUCCGCUGUGGGACAGCUUCGCCCAAUCCCCAGGCUGGUCCGUACCUCUUCGACUGCCCCUGGAGCCGAAGGCGUCCUGCCUCUCCAGCGCGGACGCUUGGGUGCGUGCGGCACGGAUGGACCCCGUCGUGCACCAGUCCAAUGAGGCCCGUUCGGACGACGCGGGACAGCUGUAGGGGAGGAGGAGCAGGAGGUUCGCGCAGAAUGCGAAGGCGAGGGCCGCUGCGCCCUGCAGGGCUCCGGGGAGCCGCAGGGCCGAUCCCUCGCCCGUGCACGCCUCGGGAGGAAUUCGCGAGGGGGCGCGCGGCGCGGCGCCCAGUGCUCCUGCCCGCCCUCUCGCUCGGGCUGCGCGGCGCCGCCCGCGAUGUGCCAAAAA